AAGCUAUGGGAAAUUCUUAUUACGUUAGUCGUGACAAAGUACUUGAAGAAUUCCCCUGGUUAAAAAAAGAUAACCUCGUCGGUGCUAUUCAUAAUGACGCGCGAAUGAAUGUUGCACUUGCUUUAACAGCAAUUUCUCAUGGUGCAACCGUGGCUAAUCAUGUAGAAGUAACCCAUUUACUGAAAAAUGAAAAUGGAAAAAUAAUUGGAGCUAGAGUUCGUGAUAAUUUAAAUGGUGAAGAAUGGGAUGUUAAAUCUAAGGGUGUAAUAAAUGCUACUGGUGUAUUUGCAGAUAAUAUUAUUUCUCUAGACAAAAAAAAAAAUAAUAUAAUUAAACCAGCCUCUGGUGUUCAUAUCAUACUACCAAACUAUUACAGUCUAGGCGGAAAAAUGGGAAUGUUAGAUAAAGCAACUUCAGAUGGUAGAGUUCUGUUUGUGCUCCCUUGGGAAGGAAAUACUCUUGUUGGUACUACAGAUUCUCCUUCAGAA